GUCGCCUGUUCCUGGCCGGCUCAUUGUGCGCUGUAUCACCAGAGGUGGUGAGAGAAAUGCGUCAUUCGUGCUCUCAUCGUUGCCUGUGCUGAAGUGCGGGCAGUGAGGGUUCAAAGGCACGGAUUACCCUCGAACUCCUGGGGAAGCUUCCUUUUCUGCUUACUCCUUCUUUCCACUGAUAAUGGAUUUCUUCUUCCGUUUGCGAAUUAUUGAGGACCGUUUGGCCGACUGCACCGAAAAGGCCCAAUGCUACCACCUAGAGCUGCUAUUAUGCAGGAUAGCACCAGGCAACAACCCAGGUCUUGCUGUUCUUGCUGUUCCAUGACCGGACGAUGAUUCGUUCCAUCAAUGUCAAGCACGAUUUUGUGCACCGCGCAUUGAAUACGUCCGAAUCGCUGGCAUGUUGGUGUGGCAUACACCACAAACCCUUACGUUCUACGAGGAUGAUGGAUCCACACUCGCGACUAUCUUGCCUGGCCGGACAUCACUGAACUGGAGACGGUGUUGCUGCGAUCGUACGAUCUUCACUAUGCAAAGAGAGCAAUGGACAGUAUCUAGUGGAUCAGUGUGAAUGACAUCAACAGGUGCCAGGCUCUUCAUAACAUAACAUUCAUGCAAGAGCUGGAGUGUCUCCUGAUCAGAUCUGCCCACUACGAAAAUGAAGGAGCAGGCGGCCGACUUCUGGCCGCAGAAGAGCAUGCCGGGCGUGCGAAGCAAUAUGUACUGGACUUACUGUGCCGUCAUGGCUGGAGGAUAUGAUGCACACAAGCCCAACAAAUCGACCAACAUGCGUAGGAUCGGGCUGAGAAUAGCAGUGCAGGGUCUGCAGUCCUACAGGCGGAGCCCAUCAGCAACUUCGAGCGAGCGGAACAUGGUGCUGUGAUCCGCGCUUCGGACCUCGACGGUAUAAUGCUCGUUUUGCGCAGCGUCCCCGCUGGCUAGGCUGUAGCACAACGGCACCGGCCUUCACUUGCGGGAACGUUGAUCGCGAGACUCUGCCCAGGACAGAGUCUGGGCUCGUGUAACAGUCGGCAAACAUAUAUACUGAUCCUUCGCUGAGUGUUGUAGGACGUACAUAGUUCACCACAUAUCACGAUAUCCAAGUUGCGUGCCAUACCAGACAAACUUCCAAGAGACCAAUCAGCAGAGACCGACACAACUCAUAUCAGACCACUCAUCAGGUCAGGACACACAAUGGCAGACAUGGACACCAAGUCCACGGAGAUUGUGAACUGUUUUCCAUCACUACAAUGCAUCAGCGGGAACAUCCCAGAUGAAUGCAAGACAGGCAAUAUCGUAUGCCCAACUCUACCGCGAUCAACAAGCGACUCGAACAUUACAUUUCCCAAACCUCCCGCCGGAAUCGCCUCAACAGCAGUCAGUAGCGACUCCGAAUCCGGCUCCGAAGCCACCAAACAACGAUUCCAAACCCAAUCACAACACUCCCAUCUCACCUCAGAUCAACAACAAUCACAACCCCANCGCCGCAUCCCCCACACAAUAAUCGAACGACGCUACCGCGACAACCUCAACACCCAGAUCGAAACCUUACGCCUCUCUUUACCUUCUCUCAAAAACGCCUACGUCUGUUCCCCCGAUGUGGAAGAUUCGGCUUUGCCCCCGAGGUUACCUUCGAAAGCGAUGAUUAUUGCGACGGCGGCGACGUAUAUCAAGGAGUUGGAACAGGAGAGGCAGGCGGCGAUGGAGGCGGUGCAGAAUUUGCAGCAGCAGGUUGUGGAUUUGCAGAAGUUGAUUCAGUGUAAUGAUUGUUCGAUUUUGCAGUAUUUGCAGGCUGUUGGUGGGGGGCAGCAACAGGGACAGCAAGGGGGAGGGCAGGGAGGGGUGGUGGCGGUGUGAGAGGGAGGUUUGGAGGUUUGGGUGGUUGAGGUGGAGGUGUUGUAAGGGAAGAUUAUGUGAGGUGGAAUGGGGCUGGACAGUUCCUGGGAGGAGAGAUGUUUCUCACUGUUGAUGACCAAUUUUCACGAAGGUUAUGGGAUACGGCUGUCGGCGUUUGAAAUGGCGUUUUAGAACUGGUUGGAAGCGAUUCUUGGUGAUAAUGAUGGAAAAUAGACCCCGGGCGAAAAGGCAGCCGCGAGAGGAAAGGACAGGCCAUUGGUAUUGGCAUUGGGAUUUUUGUAGACAUGCAGGCCAGACUCUCAGCUAAAUUAACUGCAGCCACGAUCGUGUGCUGCGAGAGAGGAUGAUCUCUUUCACGGCGAUUCUCUCACCCAUUCGGCAGGGCAGACAUCUCAAUGCCGUAGCACAUGUGCAUCAGCUUUGAAAGUGGAGUCGUGACAGCGCAUCACCCUCAACAGGCCAGCAACCAGCAUUGAAACCCCAUGCCUUGACGUGAAGUACGGUACGCAGGCGGGAAGUACUCCGGCUAGAAGCGGUUCGAGAAGCAUAUUUCGAGGAUUGUAACUUUCUCUCUCCCCAG